ACCAUGAACACACAAUAUGGCAGGUCUAUGUGUGUAUCUGUGUGUGUCUCUCUGUGUGUUUACCCCGUCUCUGCUCUCAGCCGGGUCCUCCAAAAACUAAUUGCGGUGUCUUUCUCUCUCCCUCUUUGAGUGACAGCGAGAAUUUUGCUUCGCCCGAAGCGACGUCACACUAAGGUGGAAGGAGACGAGCGCAUUUUUCCUCCCUUUAUCAUCCAAAGACAACAUAUUGACAGACUGUGUAGCAGAGACGCCUCUACCUGCAGCCGGUGGGCACCAGAAAUUAUUUCACCCACUUCAUCAGUGCGUCAGCUCAGUGCGGGUAAAGGCAGUGGAGCGACCAACAUCUCGCAGCACUUGCAAGACACUACUUAUCUGAUAGAAAUGCCGCAGCGCAGUUCGUCUUCCCUGUAUUUUGCCAAUUAUAAUGACAUUUUUUGAAAAAGUCCCAAAAGAGUGGCGAAACUUCGCGUAGCCCUUCACCCGGACCAUUUCGUGCGCCGUUCCGCAGCCGGAGACGCUGCUUUCGGUGUUGUCUUUCGUCCUUUGAGGGCAUGCAAUGUGCUGCGACAGAUAGAGCAGAACGACAAUGAAGAGGUUAACCACACCUUUGAAAGCGGACAUCUCUUCAGUAGCCUCUUGACCAACUUCGUUGCGCAUUAAGAUGCGCCCGACAGAAGAGGACUUGGAUUUUUGCGCUCUCGUUGACAGACAGUUUCCAUUGAGCUUUUGCUGAUUCGCGCCGUCAGAAAUCAAGGACCUCCUAUGUAUUUAAGAAAUAAUCUAACUCGGGGUUGGCUCAGCUCGUCACUUUAAACUUUGCUGGGGAAUCUCCUUGAGGAUUUCAACAUGACGGUUCGUCUAUCACGAAUCCAGCUGGCCCUGUUCUUCAUCCUGCUCUGUCCGGUCAAUAUCAUCGGACUGUGGUGGGCAGUGGGCAGUCCGCUGGUCAUGGACCCCAACAGCAUUUGCAGGAAGGCGAAGCGUCUGGCAGGGAAGCAGGCUGAGUUGUGCCAGACUCAGCCAGAGAUUGUCAGCGAAGUGGCCAAAGGAGCCAGGCUUGGUGUCAGGGAGUGCCAGUACCAGUUCAGGUACCGCCGGUGGAACUGCACCAGCCACAACAAAUACUUUGGGAAAAUACUUCAACAAGAUAUCCGGGAGACGGCGUUCGUUUAUGCCAUCACGGCGGCUGGUGUGACACAUGCUGUGACCCAGGCCUGCAGUAUGGGAGACCUGCUGCAGUGUGGCUGUGAGGCGACCAGGAACAGAGCACCUCCACGGCCAGCUUCAUCCUCCUCUUCUGGGGAUGGGGUCAAGUGGGAGUGGGGUGGCUGUGGAGAUGACGUGGAGUUUGGUUAUGAAAAGUCAAAACAGUUUAUGGACGCCAAGAGAAGAAGAGGCAAGAGCGACAUCAGGACGCUCAUCGACCUGCACAACAACGAGGCUGGAAGGCUGGCAGUGAAGCUCUACAUGCGGACUGAGUGCAAGUGCCACGGACUGUCGGGCUCGUGCACCUUGCGCACGUGCUGGAAAAAGAUGCCUCAUUUCCGUGAGGUAGGCGACCGCCUGCUGGAGCGCUUCAACGGCGCUUCCAAGGUGAUGGGCGGCAAUGAUGGCAAGACCCUGAUACCUGUGGGCCAGAACAUAAAGCCUCCAGAUAAGCAGGACCUCAUCUACUCAGACGAGUCUCCAGAUUUCUGCCUCGCAAACCGGAAAACAGGUUCACUGGGAACAAAGGGGCGCAUGUGCAACAGCACAGCCAUGGACAUCAGCGGCUGUGACCUGUUGUGCUGUGAGCGAGGCUACCGGGAGGAAACCGUGGUGUUUGAGGAGAACUGCUUGUGUCGUUUCCACUGGUGUUGUGUUGUCCAGUGCAAGAAGUGCAUGGUCCGAAAAGAGCUCAGCAUCUGUCACUGAUGAACUGAGGUUCGGACUGGUCAAAUGACCUGGUUAAUUCUAACUACUUCUGUUACUUUUUGAGGUUCUUGCUUUAGUUUGGCUUGUGCGAAAGAAGGAGAGGAUCUUUAUAAUAAAACUUUUUAUUUUCAUUCUUUCCAGUCACAUUACACUCCAGAAAACUUUCAUUUGAAAUCGUACUCGAUCUUUUUUGGUUCCAAUGAGUUUUUGAACACAAGACACAAUGGCCAGAAUAACCACAUGGAAACAAUGGCAAGAAGGACUUUCUUUUAUGAACUACCUAUUUUUUGUUUCUUGUUAAUGAGAAAGGACCAAAGAAUGUGCUAUUUCAGUGAAAACAUGCACAACCCAUGCACCUAUGCAUUGAGGAGUUACUAAUUCAACAGCAGAGCUUGGUGUGAACUCAAGCAAAGAGUUUUAAGUAUCAGCACAGAGUGAUGUGACUGAUCUACCCAAUUUUAUAAGGUGGCCAUGACUAUGAUGAAACCCUUUAAGCCUAUAUGACUGUUUUUUGUACUCUCUGUUAUUUAAAAUCUGUCAGAGUCACUGCUGUCUGUCUGCAGUAUUCUUUAGAAUAACAGAAAGAUUGAGGAUCUGACUAUGGACCAUAUUCCAAUACUUCCAUUUUACUUUGACAUGUGUGUUCAUACAGUGACUGCUUUCAAACAGUGUAACAGAGUAAUCCCAUACAUGAUUGUGCGUCAUCAAGAGUCUGAGCAUCUUCCUAUUUUCCCAAAAAAGUGUCUCAGUUAGAAACUACUCGUUCAAACACAAAAACAAAGGUUGGUCUUGAUAUCUUUUUUUUUCACAAAAAAGGGAAAUGGUAUCACAUUUUUAUAUUUGAAGAAUGCUGUUGAGGCCAUGCUCUACUGGUGUGGAGUGAACCUGUCGGCGAAGACUCUUAUUUAUGUAAAGAUAUGAUGAUAAAACUACUCACUUCCAUCUCUCUCAGAAGCACUUUGGAUACAACAACUGCCUUGGAUUUCAUCAACAGAUUGGCAUUAAAAAAAAAAAAAAAAAAAAAACCUUCUGGCUGUUUCUUCUAAACCAAAAGAGAAACCUUUAUUUCCAUGACAUUGUUUGGUAUUGAGAAAAUGUAUAUGAUAUAUUUUGUUUAUCUAUUAUGAUAUACAGGGCUAAUAUAAUAAUGCACUUUGGAUGUUAGCUUUUUUGUUUUUUGAUUCCAUGAUGUGUGUGUGUGUGUGUGUGUGUGUGUGUGUGUGUGUGUGUGUGUGUGUGUGUGUGUGUGUGUGUGUGUGUGUGUGUGUGUGUGUGUGUGUGUGUGUGUGUGUGUGUGUGUGUAUGUGAGUGUGAAAGGCGAGAGAAAGUAUACGCGAUAAUGUUUGUGCAGGUUGGCCAGUUAUCACCAUAUCCUUCAGUGGACACUAAUUGUGUAUGUAUCUAUAAGUUGCUGUCUGGCGUUAAACUGCAUUAUGCUGGUUACUGAAAGCACACUGCUCUGUGACUCUCUGUCUCUGAGUGGGACAGACAAGAUCUUUUAUUUGUUGUUUGUUUUCAGAGGAACUAUGUUUCCCGUAAACCUAUCAUGUCAUCUCAUUUAAGUUUUAUAAUCCGACAAUGAGUAUACUGAACUUUGACACUACUUUGCUUCAACUUGUUCUGUUAAGUUUUUGUGUGUUUGAUCGAGUGUUCAGGUAGGAUCUUAUCUUAGCCUUAAUAAUUUAGAGUCAGCUCGUCUUGAUCUUCCAGCUGGUGAUGUAUCAUGACUCAGAUCUGGAUGCUGUUCCCACAGUUGCCUUGUUGGUUUUACUAUCUGCUGUAUGACGCCAUUUUGCAAGGCCAGAAUCAAAUGACAAACUCUGUUGUAAUUAUAGACUAUUGAUUAUUCUGUUAAGGAAAUCCAUUUUGAUGUCCAACUGUUAAUCUUAGCAGUCACUUUAAGUUGUGAUAAUUACAUCUCGGACUCAUAGAAGCCCUCAAACAUGUCAUAUUUUGCUUUUUGCUGUCAUGACAUGCAGUUAACCAGCAAGACAAUCAGAUAAGUUAAUAUGCCGUCACACUCAUGGACAAAUAUGAUGCAUCUUAUUUAGAUUUUUAUUUUACCCAGUUUUUGAACAUUGCUCUCACCAGGUUUGGUGGAAAAAGUUGAACAUGACACAGGAAGGCAAUAAAGACAUUUUCAUCAAAGCAGAAACGUGGGAGUAGUGACAGCUUCAGUGACGGUUAGUUAAUUCAACCCAUCCUUAGCCAUCAAAUCUUAGAGGAUUCAUCCUUUUGUCAUUUAUUUAAAUGCAGUUUGACCUACAUUGCUUUUUAUUUCCUUCUGCUGUUCGUCAUUGUAUUCUGCAAGUCAUUUCAUAUUCCGAUGUUACAAUGCAAUCUCAUUAAACAUAAAUCUUUAAAGUGACAA